UACCAAAAUCUGUUCACAAAUUAGAUCACAGCUCUCAAUUAUAUUUUGCUGUUGACACAGCGGCGUGCUACCUAAAUAACCCUCAAGCAGGACAUAAAUUGGAAUUGAGACGCUCGAAUCCUUCAUUUUCUACUUAGCACUAGAUAUAGCAAUGGGGCUUCUGAGCAUUAUCAGGAAGGUCAAGAAGAAGGAGAAGGAAAUGAGAAUUCUCAUGGUGGGCCUUGAUAAUGCAGGAAAAACUACUAUUGUAAUGCGGAUCAAUGGCGAAGACACCACUGGUAUCAGCCCCACUUUGGGAUUUAACAUCAAAACCAUUGAAUAUAAGAGCUACCGCCUUAACAUUUGGGAUGUUGGUGGGCAAAAAACUAUACGAUCAUACUGGAGGAAUUAUUUCGAGCAGACUGAUGGCAUGGUGUGGGUAGUGGAUAGCUCAGACCUUCGGCGCUUAGAUGAUUGCAAAGAAGAACUUCAUAAUUUGUUGAAGGAAGAGAGAUUAUCUGGGUCAUCUUUGUUGAUACUAGCUAACAAGCAAGACAUUCAAGGUGCUCUCAGACCAGCUGAUAUUGCCAAGGUGCUAAAUCUGGAGGUGAUGGACAACAGUAGGCACUGGCAAAUAGUAGGGUGCAGUGCAUAUACCGGAGAAGGACUGCUGGCAGGCUUUGAUUGGCUUGUUGAUGAUAUUGCUUCACGCAUAUAUCUCCUUGAAUAAUGUAUUGACUCCUAUUUGGGAUUUGUAAUCUGAUUCAAGCAUGUGAUUGUAGAGCAGCUGUAUACAAAAGUAUUGGUUGUAUGCAUAUAUACAUCUUGCCUUUAGGCAAUUGAGAGCAAGAAGAGCUAUAUGUUUGUUUGCAAGGCAAGACGAAUGGGGCUUUAAGUUUUUUCAAUUAAAAAAAUGGGAAACAGUUGACAGUCAUUUAGAGCCAGUUCAUAGGGUGUAAGAGCACCUAGAGAAGAACUAUAGUGAUAAAUUUGCUCUUAAACUUUAGAUGCAGAGUCUGGUGGCUUAUGAAUGUUUCAAAAGAUAGUCCUUUUUAUGCUGUGUUUAGAUUAUGUGUUGCCACGUGCAAUUAUUAAAAAGAAUUGUAGUUUUUGUGGGGCAGAUGACAACUUACUUUUAUUUAUUUAGAUACUAUUUUUCAGGACA